AUAAUGAGGCGAAUCAAAAUCCAGAAAGAGGGCCGAUCUUUUGAAUCCUCGAAUUUGAAUUUCGCUUGCUUCGCUGUCGAUGAUUCAAUUAUUAUUACUAUUUGGAUGAUUGUUGGCGUUUCUGGAUUUCGUGCCUCAUUUCUCCGGCUAUCGCGAUCGAUUUCCUGCUGAAUUCUGAUCGUUUUUUUUUGGAAAUUUCGGUUUCUAGGUUUCUCCGCCGUUUGGAUCGGGCGAGCGUCUAGGUUUUUGAACCUUUGACCUGAUUGGGAUCGCUGCUAGGGUUCGGAAUCCGAUGGUGGAUUGAGGAUGGUGCGGCUUCUGGGAUUGAGGAGUUUUGGCCUUGAUCAGUCUCCGAGGGAGAUCACCCGCACGGGCCCCGUCGCCGGACAGGGUAGCGGCGUUGCCAGCGGGGAGAACGGGUGGCUGAUCCGGUUCUUCGAUUCGGCUUUCUUCUGCGAGUGGAUCGCGGUGAGCUAUCUGUACAAGCACGACCAUGACGGCGUCCGAGACUACCUUUGUAACAGGAUGUAUACUCUCCCUCUUACGGGAAUCGAGAGCUACCUUUUCCAGAUCUGCUACAUGCUCGUCCACAAGCCGAGCCCGUCGCUUGACAGGUUCGUCAUUGAUACGUGCUCCAAGUCCCUCUGGAUCGCCCUUAAGGUGCACUGGUUCCUCAUGGCGGAGCUAGAGGACUCUGAAGACAACGAGGGGAUCAGCCGGAUCCAGGAGAAAUGUCAGAUUGCCGCCACUUUGAUGGGUGAGUGGCCGCCUUUGGUUCUACCUCCACCGCCCCCUCCUACCAUUCCAUCUAGCCCCAGGAACAACCCUGUACUCAAUCGUAUAUUAUCAUCUAAGCAGAAGCUAUUGUCAUUGGCGUCAUCACCGACGUUGGGUUCCAAUCACUUGUUUGAUGAGAGCGGCCGAGUCAACAGCAGUACUGAUGGUACUUCAGAGGAAAACAAGCUGUUAAAAAAGCUCAUUCCGGGGCCAAAAGUACGGGAUGCAUUGUUCUUUAGAAAGUCUAUAGAGAAGGAUGAGGAGCCGGAAAAAGAAGGGUUCUUGAAAAGGCUUCUUAGCAAAGACAAAGAGGAAGACACGGACAAAGAUGGAUUCUUUAGAAGGCUUCUUAGAGAUAGCAAGGAUGAUGAUGGGGAGCUGACCUCUAGCUCAGAGGGUUUUUUGAAGAGAUUAUUUCGUGAUAAAGACGAGAAGCUGGGGGAGGACGACGAGAAGGAGGGUUUUAUGCGUAGGAUUUUUAAAGACAAGAAUGAGGAGAAUAAAGAUGGUGGAAUUACUAGGAAUAAAGAGGAAGACAAGGUUAGUGAGAAUAUUGAGGUUGAUGAGAAGGAAAAUUUUUUUCGUAGACUUUUCAAAGAAAAACAUGAAGAGAAGAAAGAUAGUGGGCCUGAGAGGAGUUUGGACAAAGAGAAACAUAAUGAGAUUGUUCAGGAAGAGGAGAAGGAGAAUUUUUUCCUUAAGAUUCUUAAGGAUAAGAAUGAUGAGGACAGUGGGCAUGCUGGAGACGGGCAGAAGGAGAAGGUCCGUAGGAGUUUGGAGAAGGACGAUAAAGAUAGUUUCUUCCGUAGGCUUUUCAAAGAAAAGAGUGAAGAAAAGAAAGAAGGAUGGCCUAAUAGGAAUGAAGAGGAAGAGAACUCCAAGAAAAGCAUUGAGGAUGAUAGUAUCUUUCGUAGACUUUUCAAGGACAAGAGUGAAGAAAAAAGGGUUGUUGGGCAUGAUAAUCAUGGCGAUGACAAAGUCAGUACAAGUGUGGAGGAAAGAGAAAAGGAGGGUUUCUUUCGCAGGUUUUUCAAGGAGAAGCAUGAUGACAAGAAAGUUGAUGGCCAUGACCGAAAUGAGGAAGAAAACAAGGAUAGCGAGACAUUGGAAGAACGAGAGACCUCUGAGAUUUUGUCAUUUCGUCGGUUGUUCCGGAUCCAUCCUGAUGAAACAAAGGUUUCAAGUACCAGUGAUAAUGGUUCUUUUGAGAACAGUCCUGGAACAGAAAGUUUCUUCCGGCGGUUGUUCAGGGACCGAGAACGUUCUAUAGAAGAUUCUGAGUUACUCAGUUCGAAGAUCCAGAAGGAGAAAUGCCCUGGUUCUCCAAGACAGCAUAAUGAAAAGGGGCAUAGAAAACCACCUUUACCUAAUAAUGUGAUAUCAGAAAGUCGGAAAGGUUCUUAUCAUGCUUCACUGGAGUUUGUUCAGUCAUUAUGUGAUACAUCUUAUGGACUAAUUGAUAUAUAUCCUAAUGAAGAUCGAAAAAUUGCUCUUCGAGAGUCUCUUACUGAGAUCAACUCACAUGUUGCUGAGGCCCAAAAAAAUGGAGGCGUGUGCUUUCCCAUGGGAAAGGGAAUGUUCCGGGUGGUUAAUAUACCUGAAGACGAAGCUGUUCUCCUAAAUUCCAGGGAGAAGGCUCCUUACCUAAUAUGUGUUGAAGUCUUGAAAUGUGAAACACCCAGUCGUACAAAGGCAACUUCUGAUGCUCAAAAGCUCUCAAGAGGAGGGAUUCCCUUAGCCAACGGUGAUGCACAAUUGCCAAAACCUCCACCAUGGGCAUAUCCUUUGUGGAGUCAGAGCGAUACCUAUAAUUAUAAUGGUGAUGGGAUGUUAAAGUCAACUUCUCAGGCAAUUGACCAAGCAAUGACUCGAUUAUGGGAAGCAAAAGUGAAAUAUGUCCAUGUAAGUUUAUCUGUGGAGAAAAAGUUGGUAGACCACUUAAAACCUAAUCAAGAAAUUGGCUUGGGAAGGAAGAUUCAACAAGAUACAGAAAGCAUGGAAGAUAUAGCUGAUAAGUCAGUGUCUGUCACCAAUAAAAACCUAGAGUGGAUUACUAUCAAUCUUUCUGCAGUCCCUGGGGUUAACAUGGAUGAUGUAGAUGAUCAAGUGCCGUCAACUUCAAAAGACCAUCGUCGAGUUCCAAGCACAAUUGCUAUUGAGGAAGUAAAGGCUGCAGCAGCUAAGGGACAGGCUCCCCUUGGACUUCCUGUGAAGGGAAUUGCUCAGGAUCCCCGGGAUUUAGAACCAAAGCAGUUGGUGAAUGGUGGCACUCCAAAACCUAGUGAUGCAUUGUCUGGUGAACUUUGGGAGGUGAAGAAAGAGAGAAUCCGAAGGUCAUCAGCAUUUGGGAUGUUACCGGGUUGGGACUUGCGAUCGAUAAUUGUGAAGAGCGGAGAUGAUUGCAGACAAGAGCACUUAGCUGUACAGCUAGUUUCACAUUUAUAUGACAUAUAUCAAGAAGCAGGCCUCCCACUGUGGUUAAGACCUUAUGAGGUUCUUGUUACAUCUUCUUAUACAGCAUUAAUUGAGACAAUCCCAGAUACGGCCUCAAUUCAUUCAAUAAAAAGUAGAUUCCCAAAUAUCUCAAGUUUGCGUGAAUUUUUCAUAGCCAAAUAUGAAGAAAAUUCGCCAAAUUUCAAGCUUGCCCAGAGAAAUUUUGUUGAGAGCAUGGCAGGAUAUUCCAUCUUAUGCUUCUUGCUUCAGGUGAAAGACAGACACAAUGGUAAUAUCUUACUGGAUGAAGAAGGGCAUAUUAUUCACAUUGAUUUUGGUUUCAUGCUGUCCAACUCUCCUGGUGGUGUCAAUUUUGAGAGCGCACCAUUUAAAUUAACUCGUGAACUUCUUGAGGUGAUGGACUCAGAUGCCGAAGGAACUCCUAGUGAGUUCUUUGAUUAUUUUAAGGUGCUAUGCAUCCAAGGUUUUCUCACUUGCCGUAAACAUGCAGAGCGUAUAAUUCUUCUUGUGGAGAUGAUGCAGGACUCUGGAUUUCCUUGCUUUAGGGGAGGAAUUCGAACAAUUCAAAAUUUGAGGAAGAGGUUUCAUCUGAGCCUUACAGAAGAGCAAUGUGUCUCCUUGGUGCUUUCCUUGAUUAGUAGCAGCUUAGAUGCUUGGAGAACACGGCAAUAUGAUUAUUACCAGCGAGUACUAAAUGGAAUCUUAUGAGGUGCUAUCUUUUAUCACAGUUGAUGCCCUUUCCUACUUUAUCAACUCCUGCAGUGGAAGUUUGGAAACAUGCUGAAGAGAAAGAGAUUCUGUAUGGUUGGCAUGUUUGAGUUUUUGCCUGGUGGACCAAUUACUAUUACUCAUCCAACAGUUUCAAAUUGAUCAGAGAUUUUGAUCAUCUCGGAAGAGUGUCUUCACUGUUGUUGUCGUGGGAAAAUUGUGUUCAGUAGCCAUUUUAGCUGGAAAUCUAGGACGGCCAAUGCCAUUUGUAAUUCUGUUUGGUUUUAGUCGCAAUGAUUCGUAUCUCCACUUUGUUGUAGAUACUGAAAGACAGUGAAGAUUGGAAUUUUAGAUCCUAGUAAGUGUACAGAAGACCUUAACAGGGUCAUGAGAUAGCAAGUUUAUUGCAGUUAUUGGAUGUGGAGAGAGCAAGAUGAUAGCUUGAGGUUUAAUCAAUACAAGAUGGAUUUUCUUCAAUGGAUCUACAUGGAGCUGUCAAUUUGUAUCAGUGUUUUCACUGCAUUAUUGUCAUGAUUUGUGUUUGUAGUUGCGUUCGAUCAGUCUGCAGUUGGUUGCUACCUUCACAUUUUGAUGCACACACCACGCUUUCUGUAGCUGGCACAAGAUGCCAUCUUUUAGUUUGUAUACUAUUUCAAUUUUUCUGAUUGUUUCUGUAAAGUUGUCAAGCUUUUUUCCUCCUUUUCUCAAA